AUGGAAAGAAAGGCUAAGAUAAUGAGGAGAAGAGAUUGCCCACAGAUAAGCGAAGGAAAGCGAGGUGGCGAAGAAUGUUCUGCAAAUGGAGUCGGGGUUGAAAGGGAAUUGACCGUAGAGGAAAUCAUCGUUAGAGACGCAGAGGCAUUUGAGGCGGAUAUGGAAAGAAAGGCUAAGAUGACCGCAGUUGAAACCGCCGGAGUGCGUGGGAUUGAUAGCAGUAGCAAAACAGGGAAAGGCGUUCAAGUUCAAACUGCGAAAGGACCGUCAGAAGAGGUCGUAGUGGAAGGCGUGGAUGAGAAAGAGAAAGGACCGUCAGAAGAGGUCGUAGUGGAAGGCGUGGAUGAGAAAGAGAAAGAGGAGAACGAAGAGGAAGAGUUGAAGAUACCGAGGAUGACGAGGAAAUGA